AUGCGACGUGUGAGGUGCAGCCCACGCGUGCACAUCUUCUUGCCGCAGCGCUGCUUGUCCAGACCUACGCUACUAAAUUGUGAGUACAGCACAAAAUCGCGAUUUGUGAAGAAGAUGGAACCACGGUUUCUGUUCGACACGCACAGCCACGCGCAUGAUGACCUCGCCCACCUCGACGACAUCCCAGAGCUCGACGUGGACAAGGUCGCGCUCAUGGGCACCAGCCAGAACGAUUGGGGAGUGGUGGAGCGGCUGCACCGAGCAAAGCCGGACAAGGUGCUCGCGGCCUUCGGCGUCCACCCGUACUUCGCGCACAGGCUCGCGGAGGGCUGGCUGGAGGAGCUCCGGGAGAAGCUGGUGGCGAACCCGCGCGCCAUCCGAGUGCUCACGGCCGACAUGGUGGACACCAAGACCUCGGAAAAUGCGUUGCGGAUCGCGUUGGAGGCGCGCGAGAUGGGCAUCGACACCAUCACCGAGCUCGAGUACCAGGCCGGCACGUUCCAUCCUCCAAUCGAACGGGACGUGGAGAACAUUCACGCCAACCUGGACAAGGGCGACCGGCUCAUGAGGGGCAUAGAGUCGUUUGGCGGCUACCUAAAGAACAAGUUUUCGAGCGCAACACAAAUCCGCGGCACCGGAACGGCCAUCGAACGCAAGAUCGAGUGGCAGAAGAGGCGGCCAGAGAAAAUCGACAUCCCCGUCCUUCUCAAGCACAAAAAUGACCUCCUCACGCCCGCAACGCUGCGCAUCGAAACGGCGCAGUUCUCGGUGCUCAACGAGAGCAUGUCCAAGAUCCGCGGAAUGACGUGGCAGUACGAGGACGUCCUGGAGCUCGUCGUCCGGUCCCGACCCCUCCACCUGGACGUGCGGUUCGGCGCCAAGCUCCCGCGUUUCCGCCUCGUGUCGUCCUACAUCCAGCCCAUCGUCAACGAACUCUAUUUCCGCUGCACCGAGGUGUGGGUGCAUGUACUGUCGUAUGUGGACGUAGAGCGCGUGGUGAAUUGCAUGAGCUUCGUCUCGCCCGGCUUCUACGCGCUGGCCACCGAGCCUCAGCUCUGGCACCGCCUCGUUCGCCGCUACUUCCCCAGCGUCGUCAACCUCUACGAAGGGGACCCUGAUGGCUGGCGCAAGACCUUCAUCGCCCAAGCCAGCUCGAAGCGGCCUCGGUUCUGCCUGUUGGGCAAAGUGGACUGCGGCAAGUCGACCCUCAUUGGGCGCAUACUCGUGGGCCUGGGGGCUGCCACAGAGCAAGAGGUCCAGCGGAACAGUGAUGAAGCCAAUUUGGUGGGUGUGAGGACGUACAAGCUCAAGUACGCCUGGAUUUCCGACCGUCUCAAGUUGGAACGAGAGCGCGGAAUCACAAUCGACUGGCACACAAGAGAAUGCACUUUGAGUAGUGAUCGUGAGAUUGAAAUCGUGGAUCUGCCCGGUCACUGCGACUUCAUCAAGAACACUUCCAUCGGCGCAUCGAUGGCCGACGUGGCCAUACUUGUGGCGCCAGUUCACCAGUACCACAUCAACGCGGGACUAACAAACGGCCAAAUGCAUUGCCUCCUGCUGGAUUCACGUGACACUCGACUAGUGGUACCUCCGGAGCACCUGGUUCUGGCGAAGAGCGCCAACGUGUCCAAGGUGAUUGUUGCGGUCAACAGGAUGGAUGACCCCGCGGUCUUCCACAUGAGCCACUCUCACUUCGAAAUAAUCAAGGACUGUGUGAUGCAAAUGGCGGCAGGCGCGGGGUUCGAACCGGAGGACUUGGUAGUGCUGCCCAUCUCGGCGUGGUCCGGCGAAAACGUGGUCUACCCGCCUUCCUCGCUUCCCUGGUACGAGGGGCCGAUGCUGUUCGACGUCAUGGAGCAGGGCGAUGUGUUUGUGGAGCCCUACGCGCGCAAAGCUGCCCUGGGCACGGUGCUCGUGUCGGACAUGGGCCCUAUCACUGCCUAUGGGCGCAUCGAAUCCGUCUUUCGCCAUGGCCAGGGCACAACAUCGUAA